CUACUGACUAGUAUGAGCCGCAUUUAGUGCGCAUUGUCAGUUCGCCGCCAAUAGUCAAUCGCCGCUAUUACGCUUUUUAUUUCCUGGAUUCUCGACAUUUCUCGCCCCCCGAACACGACCCGUUCUCACAAGUCGCACAGCUAUUACAUUUUCCAGUUUUCUCACUCUACAGACGACCAACUAAAGCUGCUUGCGUCCUUUCACGUAUCGAACAACUUUAAGAACUCCGCCGCCGACUCAUCAUCGUGGUACUGACUACGGAACACAAUCGGACGUUAAUUGAGAUGAAGCUGGUCGACAACGUCGUACGCAGCUUCAAGGUUGCUAAGGUGUUCCGCGAGAACACCGACAAGAUCAACAGUUUUGACUUUUCACCUGCCGGAGAUUACAUCAUAUCAUGUAGUGAAGACGACCAGAUCGUUAUAUACGACAGUCAGAAAGGCGAGCUGUCCAAGACCAUUAACAGCAAGAAAUAUGGCGUCGAUCUAAUACAUUUCGCGCAUACUAAAACGACUGCUAUACACAGUUCGACCAAAGUCGACGACACUAUCAGAUACUUAUCAUUACAUGAUAAUAAGUACAUUCGUUAUUUCACGGGACAUGCCAAAAAAGUUGUGUCAUUAUGUGUGUCCCCCAUUGAGGACAUGUUUGUUUCUGGAUCAUUGGAUAAAAGUCUCAGAUUAUGGGAUUUGAGGUCGCCAAAUUGUCAAGGUUAUAUCAAUGUUAUGGGAAGACCUGUGGCAGCUUUUGAUCCAGAAGGUUUAGUGUUGGCUGCUGGCAUUAAUUCUGAAACUCUCAAACUGUUUGAUGUCAGGUCAUUUGACAAAGGACCAUUCAUUACUGUGAAGCUUCCUCAGGAGAAAGAAUGUGACUGGACUGAUCUCAAAUUUAGUCAGGAUGGCCGUACAAUACUUAUUCCUACUAAUGGAUCUUUAAUUAGAUUGAUAAAUGCAUUUAAUGGUACACCAAUCCAGACAUUUACUGGUCACUUGAAUAAUAAAGGCAUUCCUAUCGAAGCAUCGUUCAGUCCAGAUUCUCAAUACAUAUUCAGUGGAUACGAUGGUCGUAUUCAUGUAUGGAACGCAGUUACUGGCUAUAAAGUUUGUGUUCUCAAUGGAGAUCAUCCAGGCCCAGUACAUUGUGUUAAAUUUAAUCCUAAAUACAUGAUGAUGGCCUCUGCAUGUACAAAUAUGGCAUUUUGGUUACCUACAGUUGAUGAAGUAGCCAAUUUGGCAUAAGUCAAACAU